CACAGGAAGGCACUAUCUGAGCCCGGUCUGGAGAUUUACUUGUUCGUUUUGUGGUAUGGUGUUGUGGUGAGACAUGUUUGAUAUCUGUAGUCUAGGCCUGUUGCAGGGCUCGCAGAGUCAUGUUUCUGCCGUACGGAAGAACUUCACGUUUUUGCAAAUUUUUCCGGUUGACUGUCACAUAGUUUCAUUGUCGCGUUUUGUCUGUUGCCUGUUUGCUGAGUGUUUUGUGAACGCUUUGCCGCUGUAUGCAGGUCCGACGGGAGAGAGCUACCUUUAAUAUUUAGAAUGUUUCUUUUCAGUUUUUGGUAUAUUCGAUCGCAUCCUCUGUUGAAUUUUGCUGUGGCCACCUUUUGACGACGCUGAUUAGUGGUGCUGUUUAGGAGUUUGCUAUUUGUGUGUUUUUCUUGUUUUAUGAAAGUGUUACCAGGAUGCUAGAGCUGUCGCUGUCGAGGAGAUGCAACAUGGCUACCCUCUGAGUCACCGUGGUGGGAUAAUAGAAUCCGUUGCCAUCCUCUACCUUGGAAGUUCUCAGGAACCGGGACGUGCUGGUUCACGCGUGACGUUCUCCCCCACCCGUAACGACCCUUGUAAGAAGUUUCGGACUUCAGGGAUCUUCAGAUGCGGCAGGUACGACAAAAGAUGUAGCAGCAAGUGGUGGCGCAGGAACAGCAGCCUGUCAGCCUCUCUUAGGCCCCCUCACCCUCCUCGCCAUUCCGGACACUUGAGUGCCACAAGGAAAGGACAGCUCAUGAAGACGGUACAGCCCGGGCAGGCACCGGCGAGUGCCGCGGGUAGAGCUCACGAAGAUGGUAAGGCCCGGGCAGGCACCGGCGAGUGUCGCGGGUAGAGCUCACGAACGACGAAGAUGGUAAGG